ACUCUACCCAGAUAAACAUCCGGCCCCGGCUGUCGUCGGCCGCUGAUGCUAUGAGCUUUGUUUUGAAUAGAUAGUUCCGUCUCGCAGCUGAUCGUACGCGGGAUGGAAGAGGGGGCUGACACCGGUGUCUCUUCACGGGCGGAGAGAAAAGCGUUGGUAAAGGCCAAGAUGCUGCGGCGGGAGAGCGAGAGGGAGAUCUUCAGACUGGUUGGACGAGCCCUGAAGAAACCGGAGGCUGAGCGGUCAGAGGAGGAGGCCGCCGCGCUACUGCUGCACAAAGACACGGCGGAGGAGCUGUGCCAGAGGCAGGUCCGCAGGAGCGUGCUCAAGAGGAAGCAGGAGGAGGUGAUUGAUGAUGCCGAUGAGCUGAAAAAUAAAAUCCGACAGCUGGCUGUGGCAGUCAAACAAGCAAAUCACCUCAUUGUGUACACCGGAGCCGGGAUCAGUACGGCAGCUUCGAUCCCAGACUACAGGGGUCCUAAUGGCGUGUGGACACAGUUACAGAAGGGACGGACAGUCAGUUCAUCUGACCUCAGCAAAGCAGAGCCAACCCUCACACACAUGUGCAUCAGGAUGCUACAUAAGGAAAAGAUGGUAAAGCAUGUUGUGUCUCAAAACUGUGAUGGACUUCACCUGCGUAGUGGUCUACCCAGAAAUGCUCUGUCUGAGCUCCAUGGAAACAUGUUUAUCGAGGUGUGCACAGCCUGUUCCCCAGUCAGGGAGUAUGUUCGUUUAUUUGACGUGACUGAGCGGACAUCACUGCACCGGCACGGGACGGGCCGCAGGUGCAGCCAUUGUUGCGGUGAUCUCAGGGACACCAUAGUGCACUUUGGGGAACGCGGGACCCUGGAGCAACCUCUCAACUGGAAGGGAGCUGCAGAGGCUGCCGAGAUGGCGGAUGUUAUACUCUGCUUGGGCUCCAGUCUGAAGGUGCUGAAGAAAUACGCUUGUCUGUGGUGCAUGAACAGACCAGUGAGCAAAAGGCCCAAACUCUACAUCGUCAACCUCCAGUGGACACCGAAAGAUGAUCUGGCUAUGCUGAAAAUUAAUGGCAAGUGUGAUGAUGUCAUGAGCCUCCUGAUGGAGGAGCUGAACUUUGAGAUUCCCAUGUAUAACAGGGCAGAGGAUCCCAUCCUCAGUGUAGCCACACCCUUGCAGCCAGAGGAGGUUGACAGCCAUAACCGUGAGGUCAUAGCGCCCCCUCAUGGAAAGCAGGACUGCUCAGCCGACCCUGGGGGACGACCCGAAGAAGCCGCAGCUGUGCAGGGCGGCUGGUUCGGGCGAGGCUAUAGUAAAGGAAGGAAGAAAAAGAAAAAAGCUGCUUAACUGAGUGAACUUAAAAGAUUGCACACAUUGUGGCCAAGUUUGUUGCAACCACGUGUAGUCGAUGGAUUCAAAUUUCAGUCCCAUGAUGUGGACAACACAGACUUGAAUUUUCAAGGUGCUGUUAUAUCUUUUUGGCUGCCUUCAUAUUGAAUCACAAGGGAAAGAUAAGAUCAGAUAUUUUCCUUUUUUUCAAAAAGACACUUUGCACCAAAAACAUAUACAACAUACAGUUUUAAAUAGUGCUACUCUUCUUUCUUAUGCUACAAUUUUUAUGGCAGCUAAGUUAGUUGUGUCAGUCAGAGCAAAACAUUAGCACAGUGUGGCAAGCAUAGCCUGUACGGCAGUGUGUUUGAACAGCUAUACCAUAAAAUUGUUACUCUGAAACUUUCCUCAAAACUGAAAAGAACAACCUUUUUAGUGUCUCGCAACUCUUUGGCUUAAGAAUUGGCAGCUUUAAUCCAGAUGGAAGAUCCAGACAGUGUACUGCAGUAUUGUCAUGUUUUAAACCCACUCCUGCAGCAUUAUCAGUUCCUCUGCUGUCUGUCUGUAUGACCAGUAAAUCACAAACACAGCACAACAUUUUUAACACGUUUGAUGCCUUCCUGGGCUGAGUGAUUUUUGGCGGAAUAACACUUCAAAUUCUGUAAAGGGCACAUUGAAAUAACCAAUUCAAUGCGCAGCAUGCCACUGGACUGAACAUUAACUAGAGGCAAAUAGCCAUAAAAUACUGGUGUCUAAAGUCUUAAGUUGCUGUAUAUACAGUAUGCUCAUGGAAAGUUUCAUUUAUCAGUGUUACACAAGUGACUUGGUGUUUAUAAGCAAUGAAUACCAGCAGAAUACCAAAGGCCAAUUUUUGGAUUCUGUGAUGCCACUGAGAAGAGAUUGAAAAACAUUGAGGGGGUCAGAUAUUUACCAAGUGACUUACUAAAAUAUAUAAUUGUAGUUGUUUUUUGUGUUGUUUAUUUUUUACAGAUAUUGUAAAUUUGUUUUUGGGGUGGGGGAGAUAUCUUUUUAUUUAUUGAACUAUUCCCUCAAGUCACACUCAACCUUGGCUUUGCUGUCACCCAUCCUCAGGUUUACAGGCUACAUAGCACAUCUACUGCUGUACCUUGGUUUACUGAAGUUGUUGAAUUUGCUUAUGUUUACAUUUUUUUAUCUCCUUGGUUUACACCUAUGUAGGAAUGAAUGCUGUAUAGAAUAUUUUUUUUUAUCAGUUUCUGGAUAAUAUAUCGUUUACCUUGGGGAAAGGAAACCACCAAAUGCUCUCUUAAUUUGUCUCAGGAAGACCCAGUAGUAUUAAUAACCACAGUUUGUCAGAAGCUGAGGCCAGGCUGGCCUUUGGUGAGAUCGUGUCCAGCAUUCCUUAUAACUCAAAUCGGCGCUAAAAGACUCAUCGGUUGUCUCCGUACUUUGCAAAAGAAAGUUGUAAUAUGUUUGAGACAAUAAAGUGUCAUUUUUA